UAGUCACCUGUUUCGCUGAGGCUCUUUUCCAAUGCCUUGCUUGAUACCAGGCAUUACCCCGCAACACAACACAUCUCUACCGUAAGAGUCACCCGUGAGAACAACAGAGAUAUAUGCACAUCGUUCGUGAACAAGACACGUUACUAUUCGAGAGCAUCAAUCAAGAUUAGGCUAGGCUGAGACUGACACAGCGUAGACAGUCGUAAGUUUUUUCGCGUUUACACCAUGGAGAGAGGACGCGGAACAAGCCUGGUCCUCGCACUUGUCCUCCUCCUCUCCACGAUCGCCCACGCCUCGGCCCAAACCUUCCCGAGCCGCAGCCUCGGCCCCGACCGCAACCGCAGGCUCGGUGGAACGAAGAUAUCGCACGCUAGAAGACUGCUCGCUGAGCAAGUCAGCGCUGACGCGAGCCAGACUGCUGCUGACAUGGACGAUAUUGGCGCUGCUGACGUGUCGAGCGCCGAAAACGCGAGUAAGGAUGGAGCCGAAACGAAGCAGCCUGAGCCCUCCGAAAACGGAGUGACGUGGACCUUGGAGGAUUUUCUUAUAUCGGAUGACUCAUCCGACGGCGACGAGUCAUCGUCGAAAGAUGAUGAGAUCUUCUACGAAGACUCCUCAUCGUCGGAUCUCUCUACUACCGCCGAAUCAGAAGCGACUUUGGCCCCUGAAAUCUCUGUCGACUCCUCCGAGGAGUCGUCGUCCGUUAUUUCUACACCCGCCGAAUCAGAGGAGACUACAGCCACUGACGAGUCUGUCGACUCCUCGUCGUCCGAGUCGGAUACCGCGCAAUCGUCCUCCUCCUCCUCGGAGGCUUCACCCGCUGCCGGAAAUUCCGUCGACGACGACGGAGCUUCCACGAAGGAGGCGGACGGAGAGCCAGCUCGGGAGGAGGAGGAGCAGCCGCUGGCCGGAAAAGGACUAAUUAAAGAUGACCUGGCGUAUGGCCCGGAAAUCCAGGCGUUUGAUGACGUCACUACUGACGACGGGGUUGAGGAAGCGGAGGAGGCGGAGGCGGAAGCGGAGGCGGAAUCGGAGGAGGAAGCGGAGGGGGAAGAGGAGGAGGUAGAACUCGACGAGGAUGUUGGGGAGAUGUACCAGGUCGCUGGGGGAGGGGAGGGAGGAUCAACGGCGUCAGUAGCGGGGCAGGUGGGUGCGGAGGUCACCUCUACUGACGGCGGACAUGAGGCGGAAAGCGGAGCGGAGGGCGCAGCGCGGGCGGAAGUAGCGGGGGAGACAGGUGCGGAAUGGACUAGUCUGGACGUGGGGGCGAGUGCGGAGCAGGCGGAAGGGGGAGAGUCGGAAAAGCCUGCUGCGGACGGGCGGGUUGCGGCUGAAACUGCUAAGAACGACCUGAAUAAGGGGCCUGAGCUGCAGGUGUUUGAUGAUGUUAACGAGGCAGCGGCUACUAACGCGGAUGGGGCUGAAAAGGCUACAGUAGCGGAAGGGAACAAUGAUGGAUCUAGUGGCAAAGAGGAAGGCGGUUCAGAAGAAGGCAAGGCGGCGAGCAGUGAGAUUGACAACAAAGAUGGGGGCAUUGACGAAGGGUUGAAGGAGCUUAUUGCCCUUGAUGCAGGGCUUACAGGAAAUCCCAUCAGCAUGGUCCUGGAUGGGGAUAUCGAGCCUGCUAAUAAAGGUGUAGAGGAGGCGUUGGAGGUUGAGGGAGAGGGGAAAGAGGAGGGGGAUGAGAAGGAGGGACACAGGAGAGUGCUGUGGAUGCUAGAUAACAGCAUGGAGUUAAUAGAUGCUUAAUCAUUGUGUAAUCAUUGUGUAAUCAUUAAUUGUGCUUGGCAUCGUCAAUGAAGGGGCUACGAGUGU